AUGAAGAUAAUAUAGAUGUAGGCAUAGUCAUCCGCUUCUGUUCAUCAUCAUAUAUUUCAAGAGUUUGCUUAUUCAAGAGACUAGAUUUAAAAUGAGCUGUCCUGGUGAAGAAGUUUCAAUUGGAGAGGGUUCAUAUGGGAGAAUAUAUUUUGGAGUUUCGGGAACCAGGCAGGAAGCAAUAGACGACAAUCAAGAGCGGUCGGCACAGGUUUAUAUAGAAUCCAGGCGAAAACACGACACUGUUAUUGAGCUCGUUGGUUAUUGUAUCGAUGGAAGUCCUCGUGUUCCUACAUAUGAAUUUGAUUCCAUGGGAUCUCUUCAUGAUAUUCUACAUGGGGGGAAAGGUGACUUGGAAGGAGCACAACCAGGCCAGGUUCUAUCUUGGGCUCAACGAGUGCAAAUUUUCGUAGAUGUAGCAAAGGGGCUGCGGGAUUUGCAUGAUAAGGCGCAACCUAAUAGUAUCCAUCAUGAUAAUAAUUCAAACAAUGUGUUACUUCUCAAAGAUCAUGUUUCAAAAACGUCUGAUUCCGACUUGUCAAAUAAAACUCCUAUCAUGGAAGUGCGCCUUGCAACUUUCGAUUUGGGACCAUUUGCAUCGAAUGCAAUGACUGGACAACCAGAUCGAAAGAGUGAUGUUUACAAGUAUGGGGUAGUAGUGGCGGAGCUCUUGACUGGUCGUAAGCCCGUUGAUCUUACACUACCAAAAAAGCAACAGAAACUUGUAAAAUGGUUCAUGAAAUCUCUCUCAAGUUAUAGAGAAGCCAUCGAGGGUGCUAACCAAGGCUUCGAUGAUGAAAAGGUUAGACAACUCAUUGACGAAAGGCUAGGGGACGACUAUCCCCUAAAAGGAGUUGUAAAGGCGGCUAUGAUUGCUGAAUUGUGUUUGGGUCCCGAACCUGAUUUUAGACCAUCCAUGGAGAUUGUUGUUAGAGCUCUUCAACCACUUUUACAUUACGAUACAACUGUACCGCUUGGUGAUCAAAAUAGCCAAACUUCAGGGAGUUCACUUAUUCAAGAGGAUCAAGUGGGGUGCAGAGAUGAACAGGAUUUUGGCGUACCAGAAGACCUUGGUAAUGGUGCUGUAGUAGAAGAUGGGGCUGCAGAUGAAAAAGAUAAGCCAGUCAAAGUUCCAGCACUUUCUGCUUCAAUUGAAGAGGGUUCGUAUGGGAGAGUAUAUAUUGGUGUUUCAGAAAGUGCGCAGGCUGCAGCAGUCGACCAAGAUCCCUUGACACAGGUUUAUAUGGAAUCGAGGCUGAAACACGAGAACAUUAUUGAGCUCAUUGGUUAUUACGUUGAUGGAAGUCCACGUUUUCCUGGAUAUGAGUUUGAUACCAUUGGGUCUCUGCUGAAACACGAGAACAUUAUUAAGGUCCUUGACCAUUGCGUUGAUGGAAGUCUUCGGGUUCCUGCAUAUGAGUUUGACACCAUUGGAUCUCUUCAGGAUGUUUUACGCGGGGAUAAAGGUGACAUCGAAGGAGCACCGCUGGGUCAGGUUCUAUCUUGGGCUCAGCGAUUUCAGAUUGCUAUAGAUGUAGCUAAGGGGCUGCGGCGUUUGCAUGAUGAGGAUCAACCUAAGACUAUGCGUCAUGAUUUUAAUUCCAGCAAUGUGCUACUUUUCAAAGAUCAUGUUGCAAAUCUUGUUGAUUUCGACUUACCAAAUCGAACUCCCGUCAUAGAAGCACGCCUCGCAACCUUCGAUUUGGGACCAUGUGCAGAGAACGUAAUGACUGGACAACCAGAUCAAGAUAGCGAUAUUUACAAGUAUGGAGUAAUACUGCUGGAGCUUGUGACUGGUCAUAAAACCGAUGAUCUUGUAGAAUGGUAUAUGAAAUUUGUUGCAAGUUAUAGAGACUACAGCUACCUAAAGGAGGAAGGCUGGUUUGGAGUACCAGAUUGUGCUAGUUUCAACAAUCAAGAAAAGGUUGGAGAAUGCGUUGACCAAAGACUAGGGAAAGACUAUAUCCUAAAAGCAGUUGAGAAGGUGGCUCGAUUAGCUGAACUGUGUUUUGAAGGACAAUUUCCGCCAACCAUGGAUUACGUUGUCAAGUAUUUUGAACUUAUGUUAUUAGAACUAGAUGCUGGUUUAUAUGAUUGAUACAAACCAGCAUAAAGAAAAUGAAAGAGAAAUAAUUUGUGAGUUAAGAUUAAAGUAUUAUCUUGAUUAUUGUUUGGAAGGUCGUAUAACAUUAAACAUUGUAUCUAUUUCUUGUUAAACAAUAACCUGUGAGGGUAAGAUAUUAGUAUAACUA